UUGCCCAAUUCUUACCACGAAUCAUUUCGGAGGGGUAAAAUGAUUUCAUCCAAGAACGACAAAUAGUGGAGAAUAUCAUAUUAGGACACGAGCUAAUGCAUUAUUUGAAAAUCAAAACCCGAGGUAAGAAGGGGUACAUGGCUUUAAAGGUUGACAUGAAAAAUGCCUAUGAUAGAGUCGAGUGGUCACUUCUCCUUGCAGUUUUGGAAAAGAUGGGGUUUUACCCUACUUGGAGAUACUGGAUCCCGGAAUGCCGUAGCUCGUCGUCAUUUUCAGUCUUUAUGAAUGGUACUUCGUAUGGGUUUUUCAAACCCUCGAGAGGUCUCCAUCAAGGAGACCCCUUGUCCCCUCUGUUGUUCGUCAUAUGCACAGAAGGGUUUGCGGCUCUCAUUAGAAAGGCCAUUUCAGAAGGGAAGUUAGAAGAGAUAAAGUUUCCCCCCGUGCUCCUCGAAUCUCUCACCUGUUUUCUGCCGACGACUCUUACUUAUUCCUCAGGGGUUCUGUACAACAAUGUGAGAACCUAAUUGAGGUUUUAAAUGAGUAUGAGGAGUUCAGUGGCCAACGGGUUAACUUGAAAAAAUUGGUUGUUUGCUUUAGCAAGAAUAUAUCCCUCUCGAACCAAGAUUUGCUAGCUCAGGGUCCAAGAUAAAUAUCUAGGGUUGCCCACUCUCAUAGUCUAGUCUAAAAUGGCCACCUUUCGUUUUCUAGAAGAAAAUUUAUUAGAACGGUUGUAGGGUGGCUGCAAAGAACCUUGUCUUGGGCAGCCAAGGAGACACUAAUUAAAUCCGUGACUUCAGCUUUGUCAUUACAUGUCAUGUCCUAUUUCAAACUCCCUCUCUCUGUCGAAUCUUAAACAGACAUGUAGCCAGGUUUUGGUGGAGAUUCGAGGCUGGCCGUUACCAGAUUCGUUGGAUGUCCUUGCCAAAUAUGUGAUGAAGUAAACAUGAUGGUGGAAUGGGGUUUCAACAAUUUGGGCGUUUUAAUCAGGCACUCUUGGCCAAGAUUGGAUGUCGUAUCCUAAAAUAACCCAGUCGCUCCAUGCCUAGGUUUACAAAUGGAAAUAUUUUCCAACGGGUUCAUUCCUCACCGCAACUUCGCGAUCUUGUCCAUCUUGGGAAUGACAGAGUAUCAUGUAUGGAUGACAGUUGUUAGUGAAAGGGCUUCGGUGGCAGAUUGGCAAUAGGAGGCUGGCUUCAUUGCUUCAUUCUAAUUGGAUUCCUCGGUUACACCCUCAUACCCCCCGUAUAUAAUCCCCAGGUGUUACCAGAGAGUGGUAAUCUUAAGGUGGCAUAUGUGAUUUGCCAAAGGGAGGGGUGAUGGUGUGAUAGUAAAGUCAGCUAGUGGUUUGAUUUGGAUACCCGUCGUGUCAUCAAAGCAAUCCCUCUUCCUCAUCAGAAUAUUGAGAAUAGGCUGAUCUGGCAUGAUAGGUGAUAACGAUGUAAUUCCACGUAUUUGCACCCCUAGUUCUUAUCCGUUUGAGGGGCAUAUUCGUGUAUUUUUGGCCUAUUUUACGCCGGGUUGUGCUACUUUGUCAUAUUUUAGGUCCCAGGCGUCAAAGGAAAGGCUAAGCACGAGUUUCGGGGCAUUCGGAAGUCAUUCGGUCGAGCUGGAGCCAAAACACGGGCACACCUAAAUAAGAACACGGCCGUGUUCCUAGACCGUGCUUUUACUGCCGAGACUUGAUCUGAGUUUGGCAAACACUAGCUCAAAACACGGGCAGGGCUGAGACAAAACACGGCCGUGUCCACCAAAAUAUGGAUUUUCACUGUUAAAUCGACCUACCAUCUAGCUGUCCUGUUGGAUAAACAGGUUGGUCGAUGGCGUCCCACGACGAGUUGGAUGGAUAGGCCUAGUUGGAUACGUUUGUGGGGAACCCAGAUUCCAAACCAAAUUGAUGGUGUUUUUAUGGCAAAUAUUCCACCAGAUCCUCCCAACGACGGAAGCUCUUAUUGAGAAAGCGGUAUAUGUGCUUCCUAGGUGUCCAGUUUGUUGGGCGGAGUCGAAAAUAAUGGAACACCUAUUUCUUGAUUGCCCGGUGGCUAGGGCUAUAUGAGAUCAUUCUUGUCUUGAAUAUCUUGGGCAAGGUUUGCCUCGUCACAUUUUUUUGCUCUUCCUAAAAAGGUUAAUGUUACUUAUACAUCAACCACAACUGUUUAUGGUGGUUGUUGCGGUCCUUUGGAGGAUCUGGCGGACAAAAAAUUGAGUUAUCUUCGAGAGAAAAAAAUAUGAGAUCCCAGCUUUGAUGCGACAAUUUCAUCAACAACAUCAGGAGUGGGUUAGUUUGCCUACUAACAGCAUUGUGCGGUCCACCCAUCCCACAAUUGAGUUACUUGAGUGGUGGGAACCCUAAUUCAGUAGUCUGCAUGUGGGAUGCGGCGACGAAGAGUGAGUCCUACUCUAUAGGGGGAAUGAUUAUAAAAACGAAGAUGGGAG